GGUGGGCCGGCCGAUCGCCGGAGUUCAAGAGCGGAUCGAGACGAGUAGACGCGCACAAACUGCGACCCCCGAGGCGACGGUGUUGGAGGCAGGGGCUUCUUGCCGGGGGGCAGACAUGACGCACUCGAACAGGAGCCGAGCGUACGAAGUGGACGGGGCGGCUGACGGCUCCCGGGCGCUCAGGAAGUUGGGCCUCACGGAGGAUGAGGAUGUGCGCUUCAUGCUGCGGGGCUCCGCCCUGAUGAAGAUCCGCUCUGCCCGCUGGCAGAAGAAGAGGACGAUCCAGCUGCUGGAAGAUGGCAUGACAGUGUGGUGCGAGACAAAGAAGCAGUCGAGGAGAGCCCAGUCACAGCAGACAUUCUCGGUGAUGGAGAUGGAGAGCGUGCGCGAGGGGUGCCAGUCCGAGGUCCUGAGGGGUCUGUCCAGCGCCGUGUACGACAAGCUCUGCUUCACCGUCACCUUCAAAGGCAAGCGCAAGAACCUGGACCUGCUGUGUGGCACCGAGGAGGAGGCCCGCCACUGGGUGGGUGGGCUGCGCAAACUGAGGGCCAAGGGCGAGGCCAUGAACCAGCGAGACAAGCUCGAGCACUGGAUCUAUGGCUACCUGCAGAAGGCCGACGUCAACAAAGACAACAAGAUGAGCUUCAAGGAGGUCAAGAGUCUGCUGAAGAUGAUCAACAUCGAGAUGGACGACGACUACGCCAGCCGGCUCUUCAAGGAGUGCGACGGCUCCAAGAACAACCGGCUUGAGGGCCGCGAGAUCGCCGAGUUCUGCCGCCGACUGAUGCGCCGGCCCGAGCUGGAGGACGUGUUCCGCCGCUACUCUGGCGAGGACUGCGUGCUGUCGGACGAGGAGCUUCUCGAGUUUCUCAGGGACCAGGGGGAGGAGGCCACCCUGAGCCGCGCCCGCAGGCUCAUCCAGCAGUACGAGCUCAACGAGAAAGCCAAGAAGCACCAGAUGAUGAUGCUGGACGGCUUCACCAUGUACCUCCUGUCCAAGGAGGGCGACAUAAUGGAGUCGACGCACUCGGAGCUCCACCAGGACAUGAGGCAGCCCCUGGCCCACUACUACAUCUCCUCGUCACACAACACCUACCUGAUGGAGGACCAGUUUGGAGGGCCCAGCAGCACCGAGGCCUACAUCAGGGCCCUCAGCCGGGGCUGCCGCUGCGUGGAGCUCGACUGUUGGGAAGGUCCAAAUGGGGAACCCGUCGUCUACCACGGGCACACGCUCACCUCCAAGAUCCUCUUCAAGGAUGUCAUCAGGACCAUCAAGGAGUACGCCUUCACGGCCUCGCAGUUCCCCCUCAUCCUCUCCUUGGAGAACCACUGUGGUGUGGAGCAGCAGCAAGUCAUGGCUGGGCACCUGCGUGGCAUCCUGGGCAAGGCCCUGCUCACCAAGCCCCUGGACACCCCACCAUGCCAGAAGCUGCCAUCACCCCAGGAUCUGAGGGGCCGCAUUCUGAUCAAAGGGAAGAAGCAGGCAGAGAAGCCCACCGAUGCGGAGACCUCGUCUAACUCUUCCUCGAGCUCAGAGGAUGAUGAAGAUGAAGUGGACAGCAGCCAGUACAAGAAAAAGGGCAAGAGGAAAAUGAGCAAGACUCCUCCACUUCCACCCAACGGCAGUAAUAAGGCUGGCACCUCCCAGCUGGCCCCCGAACUGUCCGAGCUCAUCGUCUAUUGCCGCAGCACCCGCUUCCGGGGGUUCGACCAGUCCCUGCUGCGGCCCGCCGACGAGAUCACCUCUUUCUCCGAGGGAAAAGCACGGCGCCUCGUUAGGAGCUCAGGUGGUCACUUUGUCCAGCACAACUCGCGGCAGCUAAGCAGGAUCUACCCGUCCGGACUGCGCGCCCAUUCCUCCAACUACAACCCCCAGGAGAUGUGGAACGUUGGCUGCCAGAUCGUGGCUCUUAAUUUCCAGACGCCAGGGGCCGAGAUGGACCUGAACCAGGGGCGCUUCCAGCAAAAUGGCAACUCUGGUUACGUCCUCAAACCGGAGUUCCUGCGAGGCCGAGAUGUGACCUUUGACCCCGAGCACCCGGCCCGCGGCCCGGGACACAACCCAAAACAGCUGGUCAUCACCGUCAUCUCGGCCCAGCAGCUGCCAAAGCUCAACAAGGACAAACCCAACUCCAUCGUGGACCCUCUGGUGAGGGUGGAGGUCCACGGCGUCUCCAUGGACAACGCCAAGGCCAGCACAGCCUACAUCACCAACAACGGCUUCAACCCCCAGUGGAAAACCCCCCUGACCUUCAACGUGCGGGUCCCUGACCUGGCACUGGUCCGCUUCGUGGUGGAGGACUACGACCUGACGUCCAGCAAUGACUUUGUGGGGCAGUACACGAUGCCCUUCAGCAGCCUGCGGCAAGGGUACCGCCACAUUCACCUACUGUCUGCAGAUGGCGCCACUAUCUCGCCGGCCACUCUUUUUGUCCAUGUCAAAGUGACGGACCCCUAGUGUCCAGAGACUUGCACCCCAUCCUGUCUCACUUGGUGGUCUUUGAGAGCCUGGAACUUUGGAAAGCUCUGCCACAGAGUGCCUGUGCCAGGAGGACCUCCCAGUGUACCCACCCAGCGUGGCUGGCAGCAGUCGCACCACAGCGUGGCACGUAGAAGACUGCGCAGGGUACACAGUCGUGGCUGGUGUUGGAGAAGGACCCGGAGACCCAACGCUCCCAUUAGCACCCAUAAAUAAAGUGGCACCUCCCCUCA